AUGAUUAAAAAAUUAUUAGUACUUUCUCUUUCAGUAGCCUUAAUUUUUGCUGCUGCUGGUGUUGAUGUUAAUUGCAAUUCAACUACUGACUCUACUACUUGUGGUUCAGCUGCUGCAAGUACUUGGACUUAAGGUGCUUCUGGCAAAUUCAAAAUUUCUGAAUGUAAUAAUGUCGGUAAUAGCUUUUCAAAUAUUUAUGAUACUUUCUGUGCUUCUUGCCCAUAAGGUGGAAAUUCAAAUAUUUAUGCUAACUCUAGUAAAAGUGGAUGUGUUAGCACAGCUGUUGCAGGUACUAAUGUUGCAUGUUAAUAAGGAAAUGCUUGUACUACUAAUACCUGCGGUGCCCUCCCUUCUCCAGCAUUUACAUGGUCAAAGGCUUCAGAUGCAAAUAAUUGUUUUAUUACAUCUUGCUUAUCUGCUCCUAUGCCUAAUUCUGGUUUAACAGAUAACUUCUGUAAUUCAUGCCAAAGUACUAACAAAUUCGCUAACGCUUAUGGAACAGCUUGUGUAAAUCCUGCUAAUGGAAGUUGCACUAGAAAAACUAAUUGGACUGAUGAUGAUUGCAAAUUAUGUAAUGCAGGUGGUAAUAAUUCUGCUAAUGUUAAAGCUAGUUCAGAUAAAUCAUCAUGUGUUGCAGCUUCUAGUAGCUCUUCAGUUAUAGCUGUUUCAGCAUUGCUCGUAGCUUCUUUACUUAUUUGA